CGAAUAAAAUGAAAGAAGGACAGAAAGAAAGUGAAGUAGUUCCAAUUAAAUGAACACACUUAAGAGGACUCUUCUCUGCUGACUCUAACUGAAACCAAGAUAUGAAAUACAAACACCUGCUUACCCUCCAUGGUCUCCCAAAGCAGAUCAGUAAGCAGAUUGCCAGCAACAUCGAUAUCGUUUUUGUCAAUAGAAGAAGGAAAAUUGAGCGUUCUACCACUCAAAUGAAAAUGAGAAGGUCGCUUAACAGAGAGAAUUUCCAGUACCCUCUCCAGUCAACCAAGAAUGUUCGAAAAGAAGAAAAUUUCUCUUUAAUAAGAAAUGAGAGACCCCUUCGGAUCACUGGCAGUAUUUUCAAUGAUAACCAGAUAAAUGAAUCCCAAGAAGAUUUUGACACACAAAGGAGGAGGAUAUUGAAAGGAUUUAACUCCAAUAACAACUCGAAAUUCUUCAAAAUGAGUAGGUCCUCAGACACUAAAUCAGCCACUAAGACCUGAAGUACGGACACGACAAUGCAUAAACCAAGAAGAGUCCUGAGGUCUUCUAGAAAAAUCUCAAGGAGUAUUAUUAACAAAAUAACCAAGACCCCUCCUUAUGCUACUUCUCAGAGCUGGGCUGUGUUUAAUGCUGAGAAGAAGGCCUUAAUUGCAUCUAAGUUCUCUACGUCAAGGAGGGAGAUAGCCAGCUUGACUAAGAUCAUGGUUCUCUAUACAUGAAUUAAACUGUGAGAGAGGUUUCAAAUAAACCCAGCAAUAGAGAAAGUUCAGAUUCCAGCAAAAAUCAAAAGAAUAGUCGGCACAUCUGCUCAUCUUGCAAAGAAUGAUGAGGUUGCAGUAUUGGAUUUGUAUUACGGACUUAUGUUACCAAGCGGAAAUGAUGCAGGGUAUUCCCUAGCAAGUCAUUUUGGAGAAGUCCUGAUUUCCAAUAAUGUGUUAAGAGAAAAUGAAGAGGAUGGGAUUAAGUUCCGAGACACUAAAUCGCAUUUUAGAUGGUCAGCCUUAGUCACCGCUUUCUUAAAAGAGAUGAACUACUAUGCCAAUAAGUUGGGUAUGGUACAUACAAUCUAUGACUCUCCUCAUGGACUGGCUAAUCCAUAUAACUUGUCUACUGCUAAUGAUCAAUGAAUACUAAUUUCACAUUGCUUGAGCAUUCCUUUAUUUAUGCAAAUAGUAAACUCCAAAAGCCAUAGCUUCACGACUCCAAAAUAAAACUUACAAUUGGAAGAACACUAAUAAACUUCUUGAGAAAGGAUAUCUAGGGAUGAAAACAGGCAUUACUGAGUCAGCAGGACCUUGUCUCGCAGUAGCCAAGAGGAAGAAGAUCAAAGGCAUCCAGGUCACACUCAUUCUUGUCUUACUCAAUUGUAAGAACUUAGAGGAACGCUGGAAAGAAGCCCCCAAGCUCUUGAAAUGGUGUUUUAAGAAAAUAAACGAACAGUUUCUUAAUAAUUAA